AUGGCUCUGAAAGACCAUGACGACAUGGAGCAAGUUUGUGUGAGCGAGAGGCGUGGACCAAUCAGAAGGCGCCCUGUUGGCCUCCGGGCAAUCCCGUCAUGCUCGUGUGCUGCCGCAUCCGCGGCCCCCCCCCGCCGCUUCGAGUACAAGUAUAGCUUUAAGUGGCCCCAUCUGGUCCAGGCGAACGGCACGAUCCCCUUCUGGAUACACAUGGGCAAUGCCAUCCCCAGUGCGGAGCAGGUGCGCCUCGCGCCGUCCCUCAAGAGUCAGCGGGGGUCCGCAUGGUGCAAGAACAAGGCGUCCUUCAACCAUUGGGAGGUCGAGGUCAUGUUCCGGGUGACCGGAAGAGGCCGCAUGGGAGCGGAUGGCUUGGCCAUCUGGUUCACUGACGCUCAAGGCUACCUGGGACCCGUGUACGGCUCCUCGGACAAGUGGAACGGGGUCGGAAUUUUCUUCGACUCCUUCGACAACGAUGGAAAGAAAAAUAACCCGGCCGUCAUCGUCGUGGGAAACAACGGCAAAAAUAUUUAUGACCACAAGCAGGACGGCAGCACACAAGCCUUGGGCACGUGUUUGCGAGACUUCCGCAACAAACCGUAUCCCAUCAGAGCCAAAGUGACGUACUACAAAAAGACACUGACGGUGAUGAUCAGCAACGGAUUCACUGCCGACAAAGACGACUAUGAGUUCUGCACCAAGGUGGACAACAUGAUCAUUCCCGCUGAGGGCUUCUUCGGCCUCUCGGCUGCGACUGGCACAGUAGCAGAUGACCACGACGUCUUUUCCUUCUUGUUAUACCAACUCAUGGAACCGAGCCAGGCACCGCAUCUACCAGAAGGGGAGAUUCCUAAAGAAGACCAGGACAAGUACCAGGAGGAAUUCCACAACUUCCAGCAAGAGAUUGACAGGAAAAAAGAGGAGUUCCAGAAAGAGCACCCCGAUGUCCAAGGAGAGCCAAUCGACGAUUUGUACGAGAGCGUGAACGAUCGAGAAAUCCGUCAGGUGUUUGAGGGUCAGAACCAAAUCCACUUGGAGAUCAAGCAGCUCAAUCGGCAACUGGCCAUGAUCCUAGACGAACAGCGCCGUUACGUGACCGUCGUCACCGACGAGAUCGCCAAGAGUGGAGCCAACGCCGGCUCGGCCCAGCUGGACGUGGCGAACCAGCAGCUGGGCACUAUUGUUUCCUCCCAACACGAUCUGCUCAGAAACCUCAAUGAGUUUAGGAAUACCUUCUACGAAUCUCUGAAGCACAUCGGCUCGGCCCAGCAGCAGCAGCUGCAGCAGGGUGGCGGCGGGGUGGCCACGUACGAGAGCAUUCAGCAUUUCAACGACAUCAAAGAGCACCUACACUCAGUCAGACGUGACCUGGAACACCUCGUCCAGCGUGGCGCUCAGAAUCCCGGUGAGAAGGUCCAAAAGUGCCCCGAGGCUCCCUCCUUCCCUUCCUGCUUGUCGACUGUCCAUUUUGUCAUCUUCAUUGUGGUCCAGUCGGUUCUAUUCUUGUGUUAUAUCAUGUACAAAAGCCAACAGGAAGCAGCAGCAAAGAAGUUCUUUUGAUGCCCCAUCAUUGUCAUCCAGUGUCAGGAUGUAUUUUGGGUGAUUUCCACCCCAGCCCCAUCUCUGCACAAAUUUAAGUUAUUGUACCUGGAAGUAAAAGAAUUAAACAGUUCUGAGAUUCUUAAUUUGAUGCCGUUGACAAGUGACAUGCAAAACUUUGUUCUGACAGUAUUUUUGCCUGGUCACACCUCUUUGGGGAUUUUUGUUUAAAAAGAAG